GCGCAGUGACGCAGCCUUUGAUGGCGCCCCGCCCCUCGGCGGUGACCAAGAACAGCAACAAGGAAGCGUUUGUUUUCUGUUUGUGUCUAAAAAAGAUCCAGUUCACGGGUCUGUCUUUGUGUUUUAGCUCUCAGCGUGUGUUUAUGUAACGAUCUCGGUCCCAGUGAGAGGGACUCGGUAGACCAGCUGCUCAUAGUCCGCAGCUAGCGUUAGUUAGCCUCAGCCCAUAGACCGCAGCUAGCGUUAGCUAACCGCUGCUCAUAGUCCGCAGCUAGCGUUAGUUAGCCUCAGCCCAUAGACCGCAGCUAGCGUUAGUUAGCCUCAGCCCAUAGACCGCAGCUAGCGUUAGCUAACCGCUGCUCAUAGUCCGCAGCUAGCGUUAGUUAGCCUCAGCCCAUAGACCGCAGCUAGCGUUAGCUAACCGCUGCUCAUAGACCGCAGCUAGCGUUAGUUAGCCUCAGCCCAUAGACCGCAGCUAGCGUUAGCUAACCGCUGCUCAUAGACCGCAGCUAGCCUUAGCACCCAUAGCUAGCACCACAGGCUGCAGGGGAAGAAGAAUGGCAGACGAAGCUCCUUUCCAGUUUUUACAUAACGAAGUGAUACAGUACAUUUACAAGUCAUCUGAAAACGGAGAGACGGAGAAUGGAAGAAAUAUCACCAAACUGGAGAGUAUGGGUUUCAGAGUCGGCCAGGGGCUCAUAGAGAGACUGACCAAAGACACGGCACGGUUCAAAGACGAGCUGGACGUCAUGAAGUUCAUCUGUAAAGACUUCUGGACCUGUGUGUUCAAGAAGCAGAUCGACAACCUUCGAACCAACCACCAGGGCAUCUAUGUUCUCCAGGACAACAAGUUCCGGUUACUGAGUCAGCUGUCCGCUGGGAAACAGUAUCUGGAACAAGCCCCGAAGUAUCUGUCCUUCACCUGUGGUCUGGUGAGAGGAGCUCUGUCCAACCUGGGAGUGAAGAGUAUUGUGACCGCCGAGGUGUCCGUCAUGCCCGCAUGUAAAUUCCAGGUCAUGAUCCAGAAAAUGUGACCAGCAGAGGCCACGCCCACUCUCCUGCCUUCAUAUGUCCUUGAGUUUAUUCCGCACGCCUUCAUCGGUAAAAUGUACUCGUCUCUACACUUUGGGGAUUACGGUGAUGAUUGAUGAGAGCCAUUUUCUGAAGUCAGUGUUUCCUGCAGUCAUUAUUAUCAAACUCUUUCCAAUGCCAUGACGAUUGUUUCUGAGAGUAAUUCUGUAGUAAUAAAAGUCUCUGAGUUUCUCGCUGAAUGAAUGUGUGACAGAGUUUUGUCGUAUUGGAAGUGCUUUGGUGCCCUCUGGUGGCACAAAGGUAAACUGCACAGCAUCAGUUUGGAUUGAUACACCGUACAUAAACUGUCAAUAAAAAAAGUGAUAAUCAUCAA